AUGUUCAAGAAUAGGUACAAUCUAUUGCUCACAGUACUAUCGCUUGUGUCUUUGGUACAGUCAGCUCCUAUUUGUGGUGCCAAUGAUGCUCAAGUGAAUCUUGCAAAGAAGGUAAAACGGAAAGUUGUGGAAGUUACGAGGACCGUGGCUACAGUCAGUGCAACCUCCUAUUACUAUACCACAACACAUACAGUUACUGCUCCCUUAGUGGAGGUGGUGAUUAGCGGUGAUUUGACGUAUACUGUGACUUUGACUUCUAAUGUUCCAACAGAAUCUCAAGGCCAAACGAUCACUUCCAUCGCUGCUAGCCAGGAAUCCAUUGCCAGUGGAUUGUCAAGUGCUGUACAUGCAUCAUCCUCUAAUAAUGGAGGUUAUGUUAGCUCAUGGUCAUCUGAUAGUUUUUUGAUUCCAAGUAAUAGUGCUACAGUCGGUGCUUCUACCCCUACUCAAUCAAUAUCUUCCAUGCCAACAUCCACUUCUACUACAAAGAGUGAUACUACUACUUUAUCAUCAGUUACAUCCUCGUCAUCAUCUUCUGAGUCGUCUACAUCAUCAUCUUCUGAGUCGUAUACAUCAUCAUCUUCUGAGUCGUCUACAUCUACAUCAUCGUCAUCAUCGUCAUCCUCCUCCUCUACUUUGAAAAUAACCUCAACUACAUCUUCUUCAACCUCUUCCUCUUCUUCUUCCUCAAAUACAUCUUCUUCUGGAUCAUCCUCAGACUCGACCUCUAUCUCAACUGCAUCCUCUACUUCUGAGUCAGUGGCAUCUACUUUGGAUAUCUCAGUUACCUCCACUCUAAGCAGCACCUUCUCUAGUGCUGUUUCUACCAUCAUCCCAACGGCUUUGGCAUACUCUCCUUAUAAUGAUGAUGGAUCGUGUAAAGACUAUGAUUCUGUUUCUUCUGACCUUCAAAAGAUUUCAGAUAGAAGUAUUCCCGCCAUAAGAGUGUACGGUACUGAUUGCAAUUACUUGGAUACCGUUUUACCUAUUGCUUCGCUGCUUGGGAUAAAGGUUAAUCAAGGGUUCUGGUUUUCAUCAACCGAUCUUGAUCCAAUCCAAGAAUCUGCUGCCGCGUUAAUUGCUUAUGUCAAAACAACCACAGAGGGUUGGGACUUAUUCGAAUGUAUCACCAUUGGUAACGAAGCAAUUAAUGGUGGGUAUAUGGAAGCUUCUUCUUUGAUGACCAUCAUCACGGCCAUAAAAAAGACUUUACGUAAUAGUGGGUACAAUGGAUUAAUCACCACUGCCGAACCCCCAGUGAGUUUUGAAGACAACCCUGAAUUAUGUUCUGGUGAUUUACUUGACUUUGUGGCAAUAAAUCCUCACUCUUAUUUUGAUGCCUCCAUUGAUGCCACUCAGGCAGGUAGCUUUGUGGUUGGUCAGCAAAAGAUUGUGGAAGACAUUUGCCCCGGCAAGGAAGUCAUCAUCUCAGAGACUGGCUACCCAAGUUCUGGUGAUACUAAUGGUUUGAACGUACCAAGUGCUGAAAACCAAAAGGCAGCAAUUAAAUCCAUUUUAGAAUGCACCAACGGGGAAGUAACAAUUCUAACGAUGUACAAUGAUAUGUGGAAAUCUCCAGGCUCAUAUAAUAUUGAACAAUAUUUCGGCGUAUACGAACUCUUAGAUUGA